GCGUGACGUACCCAACCGAGACGAACGCCAUUUGAAAUGUCGAUAGUGUAAAUAACGUUUUUUCUGGAUUUAGAGGGCACGCUGCGUCAAACACAAGCAGCAUGGCGCGGCCAAGGUGAUGUACCGUCAGGCCACCUUUUAAUCCAGAAACAACACCAUGCACUGCAUCGUCUGCAACAACUACACAUUUGACAUCGUGGCAACCGAGUGACCAACACACACGUGGAUGAUGAACACGAUAAGCGACCAGCCUGCAGUGAGCGCCAACCCACGUGGUCGCAAUGCCUACGUCACCGACACGUCAUCCAUGGCAUCAUCAGUGUACGACAAGGACACCCCAAAGACGCUGUCGGUGAAGUCAGGGGUGUCAUCCGAGACCAUGGAGCCGAGAAUCGUGUAUGGCGUUGACGAGAACGAGGAACGGGGUAACUGGAGCGGGCGGAUGGACUUCGUGUUGUCCAUGCUGGGGUACGCCGUGGGGCUGGGCAAUAUCUGGCGCUUCCCUUACCUGUGUUACAGGAACGGAGGGGGUGCCUUCCUCAUCCCAUUUAUCCUCAUGUUGGCUAUAGUCGGCAUGCCGCUGUUCUUUAUGGAGGUGUGUCUAGGACAGUUCACCAGCUGCGGACCUACUACCUGCUGGAACUUUGCGCCUCUGUUUAAGGGUGUUGGUUUCGGCAUGUUGAUCUGCUCCGGUCUUGUCAGCAUCUACUACAACGUCAUCCUCACCUACUCCUUCUUCUACCUGUUUGCGUCAUUCACGAGUAGUCUCCCUUGGACAAGCUGCGGGAACGACUGGAACACUGGCGACUGCAGCCUGAACCACCCCUUGACGUCCUGCAAGGAGCCGGAGACACGAUACAGCAACGGCACCUGCUACACUGACGGCGCCUACAGCGGCGUGUGGAACAACUCAUUGUUCACCGACGCCGGUCUCAAAAGAACCUCACCGUCGGAGGAAUACUGGAACAACUACGUCUUGGGUUUAAGCAGUGGGGUUGACGACCUUGGCAGUCCACGAUGGGCGUUGACCUUGACCUUGUUAUUAGCUUGGAUCGUUGUUUUUCUCUGUCUCAUCAAGGGCAUCAAGACCACUGGUAAGGUGGUGUACUUCACGGCUCUCUUCCCCUAUGUCGUCCUGAUCAUCCUGUUCUUCCGAGGAGUGACGUUGGAGAACGCGUGGGAGGGCAUCUACUUCUACAUUGUACCCCGCUGGGAGAGGCUAGCUGACGGUAAGGUAUGGCGAGAUGCGGCCGUCCAAAUCUUCUACUCGAUGGGGCCCGGCUGGGGUGGUCUCAUUGCGCUGUCCAGUUACAACAGGUUCCAUAACAACGCGCUCACCGACUCUCUGAUCGUAUCACUGGGGGACAGUCUCACAAGUAUAUUCGGAGGUUUUGUUAUAUUUUCGUAUCUGGGAUACAUGGCCGGGAAACUGAACGUCAGCAUUGAAAAUGUCGUGAAAAGCGGGGCUGGCCUUGCAUUCAUAGUGUACCCGGAAGCAGUUGCGUCACUUCCGGCUCCACCUUUGUGGGCCAUUUUGUUCUUCUGCAUGCUCAUCACCCUGGGACUUGACAGUCAGUUUGCUCAGGUGGAGACAGUUCUGACAGGGACACUGGAUCUAUUCCCUCAUCUGAGAGCCCGCAAGACGUUCGUCAUUCUCACUAUUUGUAGCAUCAUGUUCUUCCUUGGACUUCCGCUUGUUACUCCUGGCGGGAUGUACUGGCUGCAGCUGAUGGAUCACUACGCCGCAUCCUGGUCACUGUUGGUGAUCUGCCUCACCGAGAAUAUCGCCAUCGUCUAUAUCUACGGUAUCAACCGGUUUUACAAGGACCUUGAGAUCAUGAUGGGAAAGCCGCCCUCUAUUUGGUGGAAGAUCUGCUGGCUCGGCCUCAGUCCAGGGGCCAUUGUGUUCAUCUUCAUAUUUUCCCUGAUUGAGUACAGCCCGGCGAGAUACGACGCCUACACCUACCCGGCGUGGGCUGAGGCGCUGGGGUGGAUGAUGGCCCUGCUGUCCAUCCUUAUUAUCCCGGUCGUGAUGAUCUACAAGAUCAACAAGGAGGACGAGGAAGACUCCCUGAUAGAGAAGCUGAAGUUGUUGGUCAUACCCACACGUUCGUGGGGUCCAGCGUUGGUCAAACAUCGAAAACUGAUCAAGCACGUCCAGGGUUUCGUCAUCGAUCCAAUGGCGGAGAAGGCCAAACUUGGCUUCGAGAAUCCGGGCUUUGACUCGAGCUCCCGGACAAACAGCAUGUCCAGGAUGAGCGCUGGAGCUUCUCUAGGAAACCUGUCACGCAGCACAGCUCACUCCAAUGUGUCAAAUGUGUCACAUGUGUCCUUCGAAUCUUCUGUUUAACUGCAUUUUAUCCCACAUUUAACGCUGGAUGGUAGGAAGAUAUUUGGGUAUAUCACCUAGACAAACUAUUUCGUUGCACAUACAUCAUUUGGAAUUGUUCGGUUGUUACAAGAUGCAACAGGAUAGAUUGAAAAAUGGUAUUGUUUAGGAAAUUGGAAUUUAAUCAAUGCUUAACCAUCACAAAACCGCCCUAAAUAUUGAUAUUCGAGUUACGUUGACAACAGCACAAAGAAAAUACGUGUAUCCGUGUGUACUGAUGUAUGUCAAUGUGUACGGAUGUAUGUCAAUGUGUACGGAUGUAUGUCAAUGUGUAUCACUUUAACCUUGUGGUUAUGGCAGAGGUUUAAUUGUUCAACUCUCGCGUCAAUACAACCGGUUGCAAAGGAACCAUGUUCUUCGCAGAAAACACAACGAACGGGUGUAAAUGAAUGCUACUACUUAUUUUUAUACUUGUACUGUUUACAUAAGGCAUAAGCAUUCAAAUGUGUUGUGCACUUUGAGCUGAUACAUGUCCUGUGUUUUGGUCCAUAUACAGUCAGGAGAAGAUAACUCAUGAACCUGUAUAUUUAUCAUAGCGAGACUGGCAGUCACGGUUAUGUAUACUGUAUCUAGCCAGAACCGGACAUAAGUUUUUUUAACUAUGUUUUAAAGAUUUCAUGUCUAAAUUUUUUUUAAUGUGGAUAUUUUAAAUUUAACUUUGCAAGCAAAUGUGGUGUUUCGACUACACGAAAUAACUAGUUUUAUGGGUUUUUUCCCAUUCGGGACGAGAGUGUGAUAGGAAAAAUCAAACUGAGAUGUGUCUAAACUAUAUCAGGAAGCCGUCUUCUUUCCGCUCUCAGUAGCAAACCUCCCUUUCGGGCCAGCUCUGAGGUGUGGAACAAGAGCUACCCAAUGUGUCAUCUAGGGCCAGACAUUGUCAACAGUCCGUUAGUUCGAGGUAGUAACAAUCUAGAAAGUUGUUUUAUACCCACAUCUAUUAUUUCUCACUAUCCGAAAUGACUUGACAUGAUGUCUCUACAUUACACUUGAAUACUAUAAGAACUGCUCUUGCAAACUGUCCACUAGAGUAGGUUAGUUGUUCUGGAAACGUUCUUAGGGCUACGAACGUUUCGAGAAUAGCUACCCUGAUGUCGACUACAGUCAAUGUACGUAGAAGGAACUGGAAGCAAUACAAGGUGACUGGUCCGCCAUGUACAUAGUCAGGGUUAGACCUGUGUUGUUCUUAACCGCAGUCCUCAAUGUUCAGUCGUCACGUCCAACUUCUCUUGGACACCCGGUGGUCUGUGUAACUUUGUAAUGAUUCUUCUAGGCAGGACUGUGAAAUCUUGCCUCGAUCGUUCCUCGUGAACUAUUACCACGUUCUACAAACCGGUCUCAGUAGCCUGGACUUUCGGACAACAUACGAAUCUCUGGAAACUAAACAGACAUCUACUCACUGUUUUUCUGCCUGUAGUUAGGUGUGUCAAUGAGCUAUGUCGUUUUUGACAAUUUUCAAGCAAUAUUGGGUAACAGGGGAGGAUGAGGGGACAACAGAAAUCUAUUUUACAAAAUGUGACCGUGCGGGAAAUCACGAGACUUCGGCGUGAGGAGCAAACGCUUGAUCUACUUGACUAAAGAAAAGAGCAACGCACACUGGUAUACACACUCGUAUUAACAUUUGCAGUCGAGUUUGUAGAGAACUUUUGUCACAUACAUUAUAAAAGUAAAUCAAAUAGCGUAACGUACGUAACCAAAGUUGUAUAGAUUGCCACAGAAAGCAAUUUUAACAGUGUUUUUGACAUUUUAUUUUUAAAGCUUUUGUUUCAAAUUCCACACUACUGCCUAAAUGACAGCAUGCAUUUACCGUUUUGCCCAUUGUAUAUUUUGUUCUACCAAAAAGCUGUGUCGCAUUUGCAUCAAAGAAUAAAGUCCAUAUUUUGGC